GACAAAAAUAUGUUGGAGUAGGGUUGUGUGCAGUGUUACGUUGCUUAGAAUAUAUUUGCUCGCAUGCCUUAGAAUAAUUUAUACAUGUAAAUCUUUUUAUAAAGUGGAAUUGUGAGCUCUGUUUAGAAACACGUGCCAGUGCAUGCGCGAAAGAAGCCGGGGUGCGUUUCUCUUGAGGAUUUAAUGUGAUCCAGUAAAGUAUGCUUUCCCUCAAAGAGAAAGAUCGGCCAAUCAUAAGAAAGCUGUUGGCUGCCGGCUGCUGUGCGAGAUGCGUGUUGCGGUUCUGCUGUAUGGGAACCAGCUCCUCGUACAAACAAGCCUAUGAGGGUAUACACAAAGAGCUUCUCACGUUCAUCGGUGAAGAAAACAGCCAGCAAUCCCAUGAUGCCUCAGGUCAUACAGACGACCCUCCAAACAAGCGCAUGAAGAUGGAAGACGCUAUCAGCACGGACACAUCAGAAGAACCUAAAACAGACUUGGAUAUUUGCCCAGUCUGUCUUGGGGUACUGCAGGACUUCUGCGAUCAAACUUUUGUCAAGCAGGUGUCAGACGCUGUGAAAAAAGAACAGUACGUGUUUGAAAGUCUCGUGCUGACCGUUUCUUUGCCUGCUCAGCUGUCUGUCAGAGAGCAGUCUUGCUGGUUGCAUGUCAAACAGGAAGUCAGGGAUAAGAGCAUGUGUUUGGGGAAAGAUGAUGUCAUUCAGGUGAAAGAUGCGUUCAAGUGGGCCAUACAGGGAAAGAUCGGUAAGGAACUGGGAGCUGCUGUGCUGGCCAACAGUCAGUUUGAAGUGGGUGUUGGGUUUGCACACCCACAAACUGAAGAGGACUGUCAUUUCUUGGCGACCACUUGUCCGGACUGUUUUAAACCCACUAAAAACAAAGCGUCCAUCUUCACCAGGAUGGCGGUGGUCAAGGCUUUGGAGAAGAUCUCCGAUGAGAACUUCAAAAGGCAUUACCCAUGUCCACCGAAGAAACCAAGCGCUAAAUGUACAGCCCUGGACACCACAUGUCUACACACAUCUGUCUUUACAGCAGGUAACAACAGUUUUACAUUUUUUUUAGACUUGCAACACCAACAAACAAAGAUGAGUUUCUGUUGGUCUGCAGGUCGGUAUAAUAAGUACUCUCGAGAGCUUCCUCAGACGCCGUGGGUGAUCGACGGAGAGAGACGAAUGGAUGGAUCUGUGGAGGAACUCAUUGCGGCUCCUCUGUUGUCCUCAUUCAGAGCCGAUGGUUUUAACUUCUCAUCAUCAGGACGAGAGGAUGUGGACGUGAGAACUCUGGGAACCGGUCGGCCCUUCGCUGUGGAGUUGCUGAACCCUCAUCGAGUGAAGUUUAACAGAACUGAGAUCAAGCAACUUCAAGAGACGAUCAAUCAAUCAUCUGACAAAAUCCGAGUAAGAGACCUGCAGAUCGUCACGAGGGAAGCAACCAGUCGAAUGAAAGAGGGUGAGGAAGAAAAGACAAAGUCCUACAGCGCCCUCAUCUGGACAGAGAAAGCCAUUUCCGACACUGACCUGGAAUUUCUUGAAAACAUGAAGAAUCUGAAGAUCGCUCAGAAGACGCCAUUGAGAGUUCUUCAUCGCCGGCCGCUGGCGGUCCGACAGAGAGUGAUACACUCCAUAAGCGCCACUUACCUGGACACACACCACUUCACCUUAAAGCUAUGUACACAGGCCGGGACUUACAUUAAAGAGUUCGUGCACGGAGACUUUGGUCGCACCAAACCCAAUCUCUGUGACCUCAUGAAGACUGACACUGAUAUUCUCGAGUUGGAUGUGGAGUCUGUGGAUAUUGACUGGCCUCCUGCAAUUCCAGAUUGACAUCUGUGACAUCUUUAACCGAGGUUGAUGAAAAUGAUCAUUGACCUUAAAGCCUAUUUGUAUUAUAGUUGGGUUUAAUAUGUUAUUGUAUGUCAGGAUUAUAUAUUAUUUGUCAUAGUUAAGUUUAUAAUUAAUUUUGUUGCAUUAACUAUUGUAGAUCAAUAAUAAAACGACAUCAUUUUGUUGUA